GGGGGCGCCCUCGGGGCGGGGAUCGGCGGCGGAGGGCGCGGCGGCGGACGGGGGGCGCCGCUGCCGCGCGUCGCCUCGUGGCCGGGGAUGCUUCUGCCGCCGCCGCCCGUCGUCGCCGAGCCACCAUGCCGCGGAGGAGGAGGAGGAGGAGGCCGGUGACAUUACCGGGGAGGGGGUGCGGAGAGGAGCCCCGAGAAGGAAGAGGAGCCGGAGCCCCCCCGCCGCCGCCCCCUCCAAAAAUAUGACCGGCGGCGCCGCCUCCCAGAACCGCCGCCGUUGCAUCCGAACCCCGCCGAACCCCCCCGAGAAACCGUGCGCCGACUCGGAGCGGGCCCAGAAAUGGCGCCUGUCCCUGGCCUCUCUCCUCUUCUUCACCGUCCUUCUCUCCGACCGCCUCUGGCUUUGCGCCGCCGCCGGGGCCCAGCUCAGAGCCCAGGAUAGGAGCGUCGCCCAACCGGAGGCCGCGGUGAGGAGCGGUGGAGGCGCAGCCCCGACAGCGGAGGCGCGGCUCUGCCCCAACCAGGACUUGAGCUCAGCUUGUGGCCAACCGGCCGCGCCUCCCAGACCAGAAGCCGCGGCGGCGAGCAGCCCCGACGGCGCGGCCCCGACGGCGCAGCCCUGCCUGGACUUAAGCUCUGCCUGCAGCCACCGCCGCCUCUUGCAAGGGCCUCCCGGGUCCGCCUUCUCGGCCGCCGCGCCUGCUGAGGCGUCCCCGCCGCAGCUAGCCUUCCUGGAGCGGCACUUCCGCGGCUUGCGGCUCCCUUUCUGCCAAGCCUACACCGUCUGGGACCUGCUGCUGGGCAUGGCCGCCGCGGAGAGCCUGGACUGCAGCCUCCGGAGCCUGUUGGCCGACGUGGCAGCGGCGGCAGGCGGGGCGCAGCGCGGGGAGGCCUGCAGCAGCUGUCUCGAGGCCUACCAGAGGCUGGACCAACACGCUCAGGAAAAGUACGAGGAGUUCGAGGAGCUGCUGGAGAAGUACCUGCAGGCCGAGGACUAUUCCGUGCGCUCCUGCCUGAGAGACUGCAAGGCUGUCUACAAGGCAUGGCUGUGCUCUGAGUACUUCAAUGUGACCCAACUGCAGUGCCAACACCGGAUCCCAUGCAAGCAAUACUGCCUGGAGGUGCAAACAAGAUGUCCCUUCGUCUUGCCCGACAAUGACGAGCUGAUCUAUGGAGGGUUGCCUGGCUUCAUCUGCACAGGGUUGCUGGAGAGGGAGCUGCCUGACCAGGAAGCCAAGUGCUGUGAUGUGCGGUGGGACUCCUGCGACCGGCACCUGGAAGGCUAUCGCAAUGCAUCUGCCAAAUCAGAGCCAUUCCACGACCAACACCACAACACCCCCCAUAACCACCAGCAACGGCAGCAGCAGCACUACAACCUCUACUAUCACCACACCCAGUACCACCACCACCACCCGUCCCUGCUGCCAGUGUCUGCAGGGUCCCGCCUCAGCAACAGCAAGAUCCGGUUCUGCGUCCUGGUCCUGAUGCUCCUCCACACCAUGGUGUCCUUCUCGAGCGUGCACAGCAGCGGGGGACUGAGCUUGGGGGCCUACCCCACCAUGGAUGAGACCCUCGCAAGGGAUGAGUGAACCUCCUCUGAAAGGCAGGGAAAAAGGAAACCUCCAGCUCUUUUCUCACCUGGAGGAAAGAAGGGGUUUGGGUGGGCACAAUGAAGCUCUCCCUACAGUGGCGGGGGCGGCGGCACAGGACUGGGGGUGACACAGACAAAGCCACCCCAACGCAGAGCCCCCUCCCACCCCCCAGAGCAGGUCGUCGCAGGGCCCGCCCUGCAGUGGGUGAGUCUCUGAAGCGUUUGGGGGGCUGUGGGAACAAGCGAUUGUUCAACAGCAGGUGUCAGACUGGGCCUCUGGGGGGGAAAUGGCUCAGUGAGCAGCAGGCCUUAGGCUGGGCCUCUGGAGAAUAGAGUUAUGUCAGCAGGAGGCCUCAGGCACGGCCUCUGGAGAAAAGGGUUUGAUCGGCUGCAGACCUCAGGCUGGGUCUCUGCAGGGAAAAAUGGUUCUGUCGGCAGCAGGCCUCAAGCUGUCGGCCUUCAGCCUCAUAGAGGCUCAGAGGUCGAGGAAAGGCCCACAGUGGGACUUGGAAAGAACUGCCUUCUUAGGAAAGGCAACCCCCCCCCCCGGCCCACCAAGGGCCACUUCUCUGGCCGCCACCACACAUAACAUGUCUCGUUUAUGGGGCCACAGUGAUCUCUUCCCCAUACUGGGUAACUUGCCCUAGGGGCAAAAGAAACUGCUUGGCAGAGAUCCGUUGUUUUUUUUCCCCUCCCCCAUCAUCCUCUAAGCCCAAUCCAAACUAUAAUUGUGAUGGUGCACUGCCCUGCUGCCCCCUGCCCCCACCUGUAGGAACCUCCAUCAGUCACUAAUAAUUCCCAAGCAACCUUUUCAGUGCUCUUGGUCAAGCCAUGUUAUGUGAUGGGUUGGCUCUUCAGCAUUGCAAUGGGUUGGACUAGAUGGCGCUUGGGUUCCUUCCAGCUCUACUAUGAUACAGUUUUUCAAGUGGGGUUCUCUUGCUCCUUAAAGAGCUUAAAUCGAGGGCAUGCCUGCAUCACCCUUGUCCUCCAGGAGAUGUCCUAGGACAUGCAACCAAUAGCAGGUCCACUCCUGCUCCUUCUCCCACCCCCGCUGGUGUGGUCCAAUUUUUCCAUUUUUGGAAUUGGUUUGGCAAUCGCUGGGAGUUCCCUCAUAUUUGAAAUAAGAGUUUUAUUGGCAGAACUGCAGCUUGGAAGGGAAAGGGUUAAAUUUAUAGAACGGUAUAAUUGGAAAGGGUCCCAAGGGUCUUCUAGUAAAAUCCCUGCAAUGCAGGAAUCCAAUAUAGUAAAUCACUCCUGCUUUCCCACUUUCUGUGAUCCUGAUAUUGAUUUU